AUCAAAGCCUUUUCUGUCGAUCAGGUUCCGCAGGGACAGAGACCGAGGCGACGAGAGAUGAGGAAACGAGACUUAGCCAUUCUUCUACUUUCAGCCUUCGCCAUAUUCUUCUCUCUUCAGCAUGAAGGCGACUUCUCCUUCAAGGAGGCUUGGGUUCAUCUUUCAGAUGAUUACCCUAUCAAGUAUGAAGCUGAGCGUCUACCACCUCCAGUUGUUGCCGACCUUAAUGGCGACGGAAGGAGUGAAAUCCUCGUGGCAACUCAUGAUGCCAAAAUUCAGGUUUUGGAACCACAUGCUAGGCAUGUGGAUGAAGGAUUCAGAGAAGCACGGUUACGAGCAGAGGUUUCUUUAUUGCCCGACAAGAUUCGCGUUUCAUCAGGAAGGCGUGCAGUUGCCAUGGCCACUGGUGUUAUUGACCGUACUUAUAAAUCUGGAGAGGCACAGAAACAGGUCCUGGUUGUUGUUACAUCGGGUUGGUCAGUGAUGUGUUUUGAUCAUAACCUCAAGAAGCUAUGGGAGAAUAAUUUGCAGGAGGAUUUUCCGCAUGGUGCUCACCAUAGGGAGAUUUCAAUUUCUAUAAGCAACUAUACCUUGAAGCAUGGAGAUGUAGGAUUAGUUAUUGUUGGAGGCAGGAUGGAAAUGCAGCCACAUGUUUACGUGGAUCCUUUUGAAGAAAUUGGGAUGGCAGAGAGGAAUGCUGAGCAACACAGAAGAAGUGCUAAUGAAAAGGAGACCCCUGAGAACUCUGGGACAGUGGAUCUACGUCAUUUUGCAUUUUAUGCAUUUUCUGGUCGCACUGGUGUACAGCGAUGGAGUAGAAAGAAUGAGAAUAUUCAGACCCAGUCCACAGACGCAUCACAAUUAAUCCCACAGCAUAACUACAAGCUUGAUGUUCAUGCUUUAAACAGUCGUCAUCCCGGCGAGUUUGAAUGCAGAGAAUUCAGAGAAUCAAUUCUUGGAGUCAUGCCACAUCGCUGGGAUAGGAGGGAAGACACUGUGUUUAAGCUGGCGCAUUUUAGAAGGCACAAAAGGAAGUCACUGAAAAGAACACCUGGUAAAGGUAUGAAUUACCCUUUCCAUAAGCCUGAGGAAAACCAUCCUCCGGGGAAGGACUCGACCAAAAAAAUUGCAAAUCUGAUUGGGAAGGCUGCAAAGUAUGCUGGCUCGGCAAAAUCGAAGAGGCGGUUACCUUAUCUUCCUACCAUAACAAAUUACACUCAACUCUGGUGGGUUCCUAAUGUGAUUGUUGCUCAUCAAAAGGAAGGCAUAGAAGCAGUUCACCUGGCCUCUGGCCGUACUCUUUGUAAGCUUCAUCUUCAAGAAGGGGGCCUCCACGCCGACAUUAAUGGAGAUGGAGUCCUAGAUCAUGUUCAGGUUGUUGGGGGAAAUGGUGCUGAGCAGACUGUGGUAAGUGGGUCCAUGGAAGUGCUGAGACCUUGCUGGGCUGUUGCAACUUCGGGUGUACCAGUACGAGAACAGCUCUUCAAUGCUUCUAUAUGCCAUCGUUCCCACUUUAACUUGUUCCAACAUGGAGAAUUUUCAAGAAGCUUUGAUCAUACCCAUGAUGUUGGUUCCCUAGAGGUGGCUACACCCAUUCUCAUCCAAAGAAAUGAUGGUCAUAGGCAUCGGAAAGGAAGCCAUGGUGAUGUUGUAUUCUUGACAAACCGGGGGGAGGUGACAUCAUACUCUCCAGGCUUGCACGAUCAUGAUGCUUUCUUCCGGUGGCAGCUUUUGACAGGUGCCACAUGGUCGAAUCUUCCAUCACCAGCUGGGAUGAUGGAAACUGUAGUGGUGCCCACCCUGAAGUCAUUCUCUUUGCGUGUACAUGACAAUCAGGAAUUAAUACUUGUAGCAGGAGAUCAAGAAGCCACUGUGAUAUCUCCUGGAGGAAGCUUAUUAACUUCAAUAAAUCUUCCUGCUCCUCCCAUGCAUUCUUUGAUUUGCGAGGACUUCUCUAAUGAUGGGCUCACCGACAUUAUUCUCGUGACCUCCAGUGGGGUAUAUGGGUUUGUCCAGACCAGGCAGCCAGGGGCCCUCUUCUUCAGCACACUAGUGGGUUGUCUCAUAGUUGUGAUGGGUGUCAUAUUUGUCACCCAAUACCUAAAUUCCCUGAAGGGGAAGCCUCGUUCUGUGACUGAGUACAGGUGAAAUAUGGUUACUGCAACAUGUACCUGCCAAAUCUAGUGCUGCUGAUGGAGUAAACACAUAACAGACCACC